CAGCAACCAGCAAAUCCUUCAACGCGCGUACCAUGGUCACCUUGGUGUCUUCCCGCUCCGCAAAGAGUGAAGUGAAUAGAAGAUGAGCUCUGGUUCCACUCCACCACUCGUAUACGAAGCAAAACCUAAUUGUAGGAUUUCGUAGUCAGGUUUUUUUAGGAGAGAAACAAAAGCCUAAUUUUUUGAAUUACUCCCAUACGGAUUUGAAAUGGAGUUCUGAAUUUUCAUGGGCUGAAGAUGGGAUCAAUCGAUCAUUUGCACCAAUUUUGGGACUUCUCUCCCGCUCUGCUUUCUUUUCUCGGAGAAAAUUUUCGGACAAAAGAUGAUCUGCUUAAAGCUUCGGACCUCGUAUUGGAAUUGGAUAAACAGUGCUUGGAUUUGGAUCACAAUCUCACGGAUCUCAACCAGAAACUUAAGGCAAGUAUCGUCGCGUAUGCUUCCCAGUCAGAACGAAUCGGAGGUCUUUUCAAUGAAAUCAAGGCCAAAUUGAACGAUCUUAGGUCAUCAACGUGCGUUUCAGGGUUAUUCCUAGAUGGAAGUGAUGGAGAGAAUUUAGGCAGAGCGGAGCAGAUUCUAGUGAAAGAGCUGCCUUCACUAGCAAAAGAAGUGGCUAGGGUGGAGACUGUUCGCAUUUACGCAGAGACAGCAUUAAAGCUUGAUACUUUGGUUGGUGACAUUGAAGAUGCUGUUUCCUCUACCAUGACUGGACAUUUGAGAAAGAUUCACUCUUUGGAAAAUUUAGAAGAAACACGUCUUAUGGCCAUUAAAUCGCUCAAACUAGCAGAGGAUGUCUUAACUUCUGUUACAAAAGCACGGCCUCAGUGGACACAUCUUGUUUCAGCUGUUGAUAACAGGGUUGAUCGAGCUUUGGCAAUUUUAAGACCCCAGGCAAUUGCAGAUUACCGUGCCCUUCUUGCUUCCCUAGGAUGGCCACCACCUCUUUCCAAUUUGAAUUACUCGAAUGCAAAUGCAGGGAAAUCUCCUGAUAUCCUAAAUCCUCUUUUCACAAUGCAAGGGGACCUGAAAAAACAAUACUGCAAAAAUUUUCUUGCUUUAUGCAGUCUCCAGGAGUUGCAAAGACAGAGAAAAUCUCGGCAACUCGAGGGGCAUAACCGAGAAGUUGCUCUACGCCAACCACUUUGGGUAAUUGAGGAGCUUGUGACCCCUAUUUCAUUGGCAUCCCAACAUCAUUUGUUGAAGUGGGUUGAGAAGCCAGAAUUCAUUUUUGCUCUUGCAUAUAAGGUAAUCCGGGAUUAUGUUGACUCCAUGGAUGAAUUAUUGCAACCGUUAGUUGACAAAGCCAGGCUUGUGGGUUAUAGUUGCAGAGAAGAAUGGAUUUCUGCAAUGGUAACCUCCCUAACAACAUUCUUGGAAAAAGAAAUCUUUCCUAUUUAUGUUGGACGCCUGGAGGACAAUGUCUCUGAUCUUUCAUCACACGCUAGACUCUCAUGGCUGCAUCUGGUUGAUUUGAUGAUUGCUUUUGAUAAACGAGUUCAUUCUCUGGUCACACAUUCAGGAGUCCUGCUUCCCAAUGGGGAAUAUGAUAACUUACAGAGGAUCUCUUCCAUGUCUGUCUUCUGUGAUCGGCCUGACUGGCUUGAGUUAUGGGCAGAGAUAGAGCUGGGUGACAUGCUUGAUAAGUUAAAGCCUGAGAUGGAGGAUGAGAGAAGGUGGACAAUGAAAGUUCAGGGAGAAGUUCUGCGAGGAUCUGAAGAUUACAAAUCUCCCGCAGUUACUGUUGUUGUUAUCCGGCACUUGUCAGCCAUGGUGGAUCGUUGCCGGCCAUUAGCAAGAAUUUCAUUAAGAGCAAGGUUUAUCCAAUUAGCCGGGUUGCCUAUAAUACAUGAAUUUUUUGAUGUAUUACUUCGAAGAUGCCAAGAAGCAGAUGCGCUGACUGCUCUAGUAGAUGAUGAUGCCCUUAUCAAGGUAAUACAUUCCAUCAAUGCAGCUCGGUACUGUGAGUCUGUUUUGAAGGAAUGGUGUGAAGAUGUGUUCUUUCUUGAAAUGGCACUCAACCAUGGCGAUCAAGUUAUAGAGGAAGUUGAUUCAGCAAGUUCAGUGGCAGGGACUGCUGAAGGACCUGGGAAUGGUAUUUUUGAGGAGGUAAUCAAGAAGUUGGAGGAGUUCAUAUCAGAGUGGGUUGAGAAGAUAUCAAUAGUUGUUUUAAGAGGAUUUGAUGUUCAGUUACGCGAUUAUGUCAAGAACAGGAAGCAGUGGCAAGAGAAGGGGGAAGAAAGUUGGAGUGUUUCCAAGUCAUUUGUGGGGGCUAUGGAUUAUCUGCAAGGGAAAAUUUCAAAACUGCAGGAGGGUUUGAAUGAGAUUGAUUUUAUUGGUAUAUGGAGAAGUUUGGCUGCUGGGGUGGACCGGUUAGUUUUCAUUGGUGUUUUGAUGAGCAAUGUGAAAUUUUAUAAUGGGGGAGUUGAGAGAUUUGGGAGUGAUUUGGAGGUUUUGUUUGGGGUAUUUGGAGCUUGGUGUUUGAGGCCUGAAAGCUUUUUCCCCAAGAUCAAUGACGGUUUGAAGCUGUUGAGAAUGGGGGCUAAACAGCUGGAGGAACUGGAGGUAGGGAAAGGGAGAUGGUUGAAGGAGAGUGGAUUGAGGCAUUUGAGUGUAACGGAAGCAGAAAAGAUUGCAAAGAACAGGGUCUUCACAGGUUGAAGACUUGAUCGAAUUUCCUUUCCCUUUUUGUUUUCUAAUUUCAUAAUUCACCCAAGGAAAAAAGGUAUCAUAACAGUGAAGUCUUGUAGAUGGCUAUGGAGGUCUUAAACUGACCCAUUUUUCCCCUCAAAAGAUGUAAUAAUGAAGAAUAUUCUUUGGAAGUAGUUCAAGGAUUAAUCUGUAUAAGCGUGCUUGUACUAAUAAACAAUCCCACCGUCGGACGGACCUUCAUGUCGGUCCACUUUCCCAA